AUGGGUUUGAUCAGCGCAUGUGCAACAGGGGAAGGACCUAUAAAGGUGUCCUUCAUUUUCCCAAAUGGGGACAGAUAUGAGGGGGAGUGCAGCAGGUCUGGAUCUGGAGCAAUGAUGAGGAGCGGUACUGGAAAACACACCUCAGCAAAUGGGAUCAUAUACACUGGAGAGUGGCAUGAGGACAAGAUGCAUGGCAGAGGGACCCUGCAGCAUCCCUCUGGAGCACUAUAUGAAGGAGAAUUCAAAGACAACAUGUACCACGGCACAGGAACAUAUACCUUCCCAGACGGCUCUAUUUAUAAAGGUCACUUUCACAAGAACAGGUUGGCGGGAGAAGGGGCUUUCACUAACACACAAGGACUGGUUUGGACAGGCGAGUUUCAUGGCAAAGCAGCACUGGGCCUGAAAAUGCAGCACAACAUUUAGUCAAAACAAGCAUUAUCAUACUGCAGUGUAUAAAACAUUGUAUUAUACUGUACUAAAUGCUGACAGACAUGUCUAGAUAACACAUUAUGUAUUUCUGUAUAUUGCUUGUUAAAUAUCCAAGCAAUUAGUGAGUCAUGUUUCUUGCUCUGAGUCACUCUCUCAGCUGUAGCCACUGUCUUGUUGUGUGAGCUUCAUUUCACUCUGGAAAUA